CUCACUAGACCUGGUGUGUACACUAGAUCUCCGCCCCCUCAUGAUGGUGCUCUACCCCCACCUUACAGACGAGGAUAUAGACCCUCACGUCCUGAGUUUCAGCUCCCACUCCAACAAUAGGAUAUCCCCCUCCCUUGUCUCCAACUAUCUCAUGCACUGCAUAGUCCGGGACAGAGAGCCGCGCGUCUGUGAGACUGUGAUAAAGCUGAAACAGAACUGUGGGGCUAGCCCCAGCAGGAUGUCCUACCCUGAGUUUAACUGUGCUAUGGAGAGUGUGUACCCGCUAGCUACUAACAAGAGCAAGGAACACUAUUUCGCCUGCAGUUUGAGUAACAACAACAGUAAAAUGUUUGUUGAGACGAGUUUGCUGGGGCAGGUGGUGGCGUUUAUACAGCUGCAGGAGGCUUAUCCUAAGAUAAUAUCAGAGAUAAACGAUAAAAUACAUCACUACAGGACGAAGAUACCAGCUGAAAUGAUAGAAGCAGGACUGCGACAGAAACAGGGCCUCGAUUUCGUGAGCAUUCCAUCCAACGAACAGGCCAAGAAGCAGCUCAUUGCUAUCAACAAAGCAGCCAAGAGUUUAGAACUUCUGCAUAACAACCCCUGCUGGAGAGAGGAUAUAGAUAUUGCUCCUCAAUAUUUAGACCUUACUCGCCCUCUAUCGUAACUCCUAACCUAUUUCUGAAGGGAGGAUAUAGAUAUUGCUCCUCAAUAUUUAGACCUUACUCGCCCUCUAUCGUAACUCCUAACCUAUUUCUGAAGGGAGGAUAUAGAUAUAGCUCCUCAAUAUUUAGACCUUACUCGCCCUCUAUUGUAACUCC